AUGGGCUCAUAUGGGAAAUAUCAAAUGGGUGGUGGCGGGCAAAGACAUGCGUUGCUAUUGUUUUGCGGCAAAUCUCCAAAGCUUGGAAACGGUACCGGGAAAUACCUUACUGGGAAAGGUGGAGUUGGUCAUGAAUUUUGGGUGCGGCCUGCUGGCGAACCUCUGCAUUGUUGCCUUUUGGUUGAGCGAUGCGGAUGGGGAUCGCGCAGUCCUUGGUUGAUGCUUUUCUGUCUCUUUUUCCAUUCGUCUUGCGAGGAUGGACUAUUCUUAUUACUAUUGCUUGGUAUUCCGGAGGCAGGUCUAGCAUCUCGCGACACUGGAAACGGUCGGUGGUGGAGUCACCUUGUCUGGGCACUUUCGCGAGCAACUCGCGAGAGUUGUGUGUUUCUGGGUAGCGGUAUGAGACGAUAA